AUGCCCGGAUUCCGCGCCGGAUAUCUACGAAACGCCCGAUCUCACAGACGACAAUUCCACCGUUCCUGGUACAACACUCCUCUCCCCUCAGAUGCCGCGUCCGACGAAGACACGGCCGACGAAGAUGGCGGUAUCUCGCGCCAGAAACUCCGCAUAAACGAAGCCCGCUCCAAGUUUGGGUCCACGCGAUACAACUCUGCCGGCGUCGAUUUCUCCGAUCGGGUCGAUAGCAAGCGGAGAUCUUACCGUACCCGUCGACACCGCGUACUGGAAGAUGGCACCGAGGAACUCGGCGACCUUAGCGACGAGGACAAUGAUACGGACGAUGCGGCCGAAAGCUUGGAGAGGAAGAUUGCGAGGUUAAAGCGCGAAGUAGAGGAGGCCAAGGAAGAGUGCACACGGAGAAGGGCUGGCGGCGGAGAUGCGGGCAGCCGUACAGGUUCGAAUGAAGAAGGCCAGGAGCUCGAGUCCCUAGGAAGGGUGCUAGAAGAGAUAUCCCGUCCAUCGGGUGUUGCGCGGCCGUCAAGGCUCUCCAAACCCCUACUCAAUGCGGACGAGAGCUCCGCCGGUCCAGAGGCUACCGAAGCUACGUACACCGUCACGUACGCCCCCAACUACGAGCAAUCCCAUGCACUCGCCAAGGCAGCCGAAUUUGACCAAAGAUUACUGGCGCUCGAGAGGUCUCUAGGCAUUGGAACAACCAUGGGGCUAGACAUGGGCGCCAACGGCCUACCUCGCGCUGUACUACCCACCGUAAAUACCCUGAACAAGCAGAUUUCGGUCCUCGCAAAGGCGUCCACGGCGAAUCUUGACUCCAUCAGCCGCCGGGUCAGAACUCUUGUGACGGAUAUCGAGAGUUUAAACAAGGCCAAAGCCAUGUCUAAGCCGGCAGAUCAACCCAAUAUAGCCCGCUACGUAGAAGAACGAAUCAAGGAGGAUAGCAAGGGCAAGGACGCGGUCGAGACCGCUAGGACAGAAGAAGACGAGCAAAGGGCCAAGAUCAAUGCCCUCUACGGGACGCUGGCGACGAUUGAGAACCUGGCGCCGUUGCUUCAGCCACUUCUCGAUCGGCUCCGAUCGCUCAGGGCCAUCCACGCCGACGCGGCCACGGCCAGCGAGACGCUCGACAGGAUUGAAAAGCAGCAGGCAGACACGGCCACCGAGUUGAAGCAGUGGAAGGAUGGCUUAGAAAAGAUCGCCCAGGCUAUGGACGACGGGAGCUCCGUCAUGGAAGGCAACAUGAAGGUGAUGGAAACUUGGGUCAAAGACCUAGAAGGUCGGAUCAAGCAGUUAUCCGCGUGA